CUUGUAUCCCGCCAGUUCGUUGAAAUGAGCCGUUCACGAAUCGAAGGGCUUUUGACGGCGUUCCCGAAGCUACUCAGUGCCGAAAAGUCCGUCCACAGACAACACACGUUUCUUGAAACGGACAGCGUCCGUUACGUUUACCAACCGAUCGACAAGCUCUAUAUUUUUUUGGUCACGACAAAAAAUAGCAAUAUUUUGGAAGACCUCGAAACUCUUCGUCUUUUCUCUCGCGUUAUUCCGGAAUACUGUCACAGCGUUGAAGAGAAGGUGAUCCUGGAAAAUUGCUUCGAGCUGAUCUUUGCGUUCGACGAAAUUGUCGCUCUAGGCUAUAGGGAAAAUGUCAAUCUGGCCCAAAUUCGAACCUUCACCGAUAUGGAUAGUCAUGAAGAACGUGUUUACUACCAGAUCAAAAAGAAUCAAGAGGAGGAAGCGAAGAAACUUGCCAAAGACAAGGCGAAGGAGUUCAUGAAAGCGAAACAAGAGGCGAUGAAGCGUGGCGGACGCGGAGUUUCUGCUCAGACGAUCUCGGGUUACGGACCUCAGUCGGCAAGAUUAGAACCGGCUGCUGUAAGCGACGUGAGCAUGGACUACAAGCCUUCUAAGCCAGUCGGUUCUGGCAAGGCGAUGCAUCUUGGUCGAAAAGCGAAAGACUUUGACUUCUUUGCCAGCCAACUAAAAUCCGAAGGGCAGGGUACGUUGUCUUUUAUUUUUCGAAAGCGAUUCAGUGGCCAGGGGACACGCAGUAAACGCGGAGAAGUACCUAUUCGUACUUUGGUGCAUGUGCAGGUAGAAGAAAAGCUUAACUUCGUUCAAAAGAGAGACGGCGGCAUUCAGAACUUCGAGGUUCACGGUAUCGUGACCUUGCGAAUAUCAGAUGACGCCUGUUCAAAGAUCAGAAUCCAGAUGGAAAGUCGAGAUAGCAAGGGAAUCCAGCUUUUCUUUCAGACUCACCCUAAUUUGGACAAGAAGCUGUUUCAAACGAAUGGGAUCUUAUCGUUGAAAUCUCUUUCGAAACCGUUUCCGGUAAAUAGCGACAUCAGCGUCCUAAAAUGGCGCUUUCAGUCCACGGAGGACACCUUCUUACCAUUUUCCAUCAAUUGUUGGCCUUCUGAAACAUCGUCCGGUUGCGAAGUGAGCAUUGAGUACACGCUGGAAAACGAGGACAUGGAACUAAACAAUGUUCAAAUCUCUAUACCUUUGCCUCCCGGCACUGUACCAACAGUGGGAGACUGCGAUGGAGAGUAUCGUUAUGACAAGUCGAAGAAUACGAUCCACUGGAUCUUGUUGGUCAUCGACAAGACCUCGAAACAGGGCUCUCUUGAUUUUACCACUUCGUCAGGCCACCCGGAUAGUUUUUUCCCUGUUAUUGUUCGUUUUACUUCCUUGCAACAAUUUUGUGACAUUAAGCCGAUUUCCGUGACGCGCAUCGACGACGAUGCUCCUUUGCCUUUCUCUGAAGAGUCUGUAUUCGUUGUGGAUAAAUAUGAAGUUAUAUGA